AUGCAAAGGGUUGUCGACUUUGCUCGUCCAGGUGUCGCUUUUACAACCGUACAGCAUGCUUUUCGACGAGUUACACAUCCUAUGCAAUUAAAGCGAUUUCGAGAAUAUGUUGCAAAUAACGGAAACCGUCGGCAAAAAUUGGAGCGUGUAGAGCAUUUUGUACUUGAUAGAUUUCGCUCUGCUCGUAAUAACAAUUUACCUGUGCACGAUCUUGACGUGAAGCGGUGGGCUCUAUCCCAAGCAAAAAUAGAAAAUAUAGAUGACUUUAAAGCAAGUGACUAUUGGCUUCUCAAUUUCAAAAAACGCAACGGUAUAUCUUCCAGAAAGGUGACAAAAUUAGUUUCUCAUCUGGAAGUUGUUGAUAAAUCUAUAAUUAAACAGACUGUUGAUGAUUUUGUCGCUGAAGCAACCAAACAUAUACCAAAAUAUAAGUUUGAUUUUGUACUAAAUGCCGAUCAAUCCAGUUUUAAUUACGAAAUAGCUUCGAACCGUGCACUAUCUUAUGCAGGAAAGAAAGCGACUUAUCUAUCAGUUAAAUCUUUGAAUGCUAUAAGCCAUUCCUAUACAGUUAUGCCGAUCAUUAGUGCUGCUGGUCAGUUGCUCAGUCCUGUUUUUAUUUGUCUUCAGGAACCCACGAGUCGGUUUCAAAUUACAAGAGCGGUCUUUUCAGCAUCAAAUAUAGUAACUAGUUGCAGUACAUCUGGGAAAUUAAAUAAAUCCUUAGCGGAAUACUGGAUUAAAGAAGUUCUCGAUAAAGUAGUCAGCAAUCGAUUCCUUCUUGUGGUAGAUCAAUGGUCACCGCAGGCUGACAUUACUGCAUAUGAGAAUAACCUGACAAAAGGACAGUCAUGUAAAUUAUUAGUGAUACCUAGAAGAGCAACAUCAACUAAACAACCGUGUGAUCCUUAUUUUUGCCGACAAUGGAAAGUGUUAACAAAAGGAAUAUAUCAUCGUGUAUCUCUAGAUGAAUUAGAUGUUGACUUACGAAGUCGUGACGCUAUAAUCAAACUACAAAUCUGGUUCAUAAUCAACUGA